UUAUUCAAUUUUACGACAAUUUAUUAAAGAAAUUCUUAAAACAACGUUUCCAUUUAAUAUUGAAUAACCGACCAGAAGCUCCAAUUGAAUUUAUUUAUAAAAGAUUGGAUUUGUUAAGCAAUACAAUGACAGUGGAUUCUUUAGAUGGAUUUUUUGAAGGGGUUGGAAUAGAGCUGGAAAUAGAGUUAUAUGAACCUGGGGAUGAUUUGACAGAUCUUAUUGAUGAAGCUAAAGAUGAAAUAAAAAAUUUAAGGUAAAUUUGGGUAAAAUUUAAGGUCUUUAUUGGUACCUUGGAAGUUUCUAAGCUUAGUUUAAGAUGCUCACUGUUGUUUCUAUGUUAAGCCUCUGUUUUGCUUUCUUAGUUAUUCUCCUCUAAUUUGUCACCCUCCAUUGAAAUCAUAAACACGUAAAAUUUUUGGCUACGUUGGAUUCAUAAACUAGAAAAGUUGCCGCCCGGUAGCUCAGUUUCUAAGUUAAGUCUAGCAGUUGGGAUUGCCAGCAAGGCUGAGAAUUAUAAAUUUUAAUCCUUAAAUAAUUCAAUACCCUUUCCAAUUUCUACCCAUUAAUUAAACUUGAAAAGGGUAUUGAAUCAUUAUUUAUAAUUUAAAUUUAUUUUUUAUAAAUUAAUUAAGCAAAGAUAUGUUUCUUAAACUUUACAAAAAAUGUAUAAACAUAACAUUAGUUGAAAAAAAUAUUUUCAUUCUUUGGCAUUUAUUUGGAUUUGCUAGGAAUUUAAUUCGUUCUUUUAUUUUAUUUCAAAGUCAAAGCAAACAUUAUAACGAUUUGUUAUCUGAAUGGAACCAAAUGAUUUCAAUUGUUGAAUAUUUUAAAGCUUAUGAUAUAUUUGAAGUAAAAGCAAAUUAUUUUAUGGAUUUAUUAAAGAAAUUGGACAUUUUUAAUUUAAAUAGUGUUGAAUUUGAAUACGAAGGAUAUUCUUUUGGUUAG